CAGGUGGACCAAGGAGGCGAGGACUGGGAGUCGCUGGAGAAGGUGCGUCUUCCCCUCGCGCUCAACCUCAGCCAGUGCAUGCUGGAGCUGAAACAGUACCAGGAAGUGGUGGAGCUGAACGACAGAGUGCUGAGGCAGCAUAAAGGUAACUUUAAGGCCGUGUACCAGAGGGCCCGAGCUCACGCAGCGUUGUGCAACGAGGACGAAGCUCGGAGAGAUUUCGCGCUGGUGGAGAAACUGGACCCGAAGUUCAAGCCCUUCGUCCGCCAGGAGCUGAAAAAGCUGGGCGAAAACCUCCGCACCGUGCACGCCCGCCAGAACAAGACUUACUGGGACGCAUCGAAGGAGAAGUGGGGGCCCGGUGGAAGCAAGACGAAAAGGGAAGCGGGAAAGAAGAAUAUUAAAUUUGCUCCGAAAGCGACAGAAGAACACAUGGAUAAAAAACCUGAAAGCUGUGAGGUGGAAGAGACAGAAAGCUCCAAGGCAGCUGAUCCUGCUGAGGCAGAAGCAGCAACAGUAAAAAGUCCAGCUUUGAAAGCAGAGCAGCCUAAUAAAGAGCCAGAAUAUUGGACGGCGACUGAAGAUGGCUUAGAUAAUGAAAACACAGAAAGGGUCGUGACUCCCGAAGCCGGGCAAGGUGUACCAGAUAACCACGAAGCACAUAAAGAUAGUGACGGUGCUACCACCAGCGCAGAUAAUGUAGUGAGCGAGAGAUCAGCAUGUGAUAAGGCCAAGAAAAAGGUCAAGAGCCGAGCAGACUGUGCAGCAAAUCCAAGCAGGACAAACUCUGAGAUCAAAGCCACCAGAGCCAAGACAGGAAAAGGCGGCUCCGUCAAAACAAACCAAUAAGUUGAAUCGGUUCUGUUUAGACUCUGAACAGAACUCUGUGUUUGACCUGGAGUGACCGUCGUCUUACAGGUUAGCUGUUAGCAUUAGCUUCUGCUAAUUUUUUACUGAACUCAGGCUGUGUCCAAAARGGUGGGCCGGGUCCUCCAAAGUCCGAAUUCGUCGGUCGCUUACGUUACAGCGCUGCGACAUAGGCCGUCCAAAUCUGAAGACUCCUCCGCUGCAGCCGACAAAUGCUUCCAUGCUGUGGCCUGAACUGAAGGACCGGUCCGAUGGAUCCUUCUCGGCCCACCAUAUCCCAUAAUGCAAUGCAGGCCAACUGGAUUUUUUUCUGCUUGUAGUGGCGGAUGAAGKGAGAGAAAGGAAUACGUUUUAGAUAAAAAUCUGGCGGUAUAAAAAUUAAAGGUUUCAAGUGGUUGUGUUGUUAAUACUUCUAUCAUUUGCAUAGACAUGUUUUUAGAUAUUAUUUUUGUCAGAAAAAAAAACGA